AUGGGUAGCGAGGCCAUUAAAACGGAGAGCCUACAACUCACCGGGUACUGCGCGUACAGCUCGGACAAGGAAGAUGGUAGGGGUGGAGGUGGCAUAUUACUCCUUGUUUCGGACACCCUAGAUCAGGCCGAGGGCAAUCAAAUGUCCACGCCGAAUAUUCAGGCGUGCUCAUGCACCAUACAAUACACGAACUGCAUAGUGACGGUAGUAGGUGCCUACAGAGCACCACUCUCAGAUGAGGAGGAGGAUGGUCAACUGCUCGACUAUCUGACCAGGCGACCAAAAACCUAUUACAACUAUGUGCAGUCUCAGGGUCACUCUGGAGUUGCCGUUGGAAAUGUAGUGAAUGCACACGGUGUCAGCGCAGCCCCCAGCAAGGAGAAGACUGAAUUUCUAAAGAGCUUCUUCGAGAAGGUUCACUUAACGGAACUGGGAAGGCCGUUGCCUGACCUUCUGUGUAGACUCCCCGAACAGCGCAUGACCCCGUUUGUAUUAGAGGCAUAA